AUGUGCGAAUUUGCUGAUCGGCACAACACACACACACACACACACACACACACACACACACACACACACACACACACACACACACACACACACACACACACAGAGAAAGAGAGAAAGAGAGAAAGAGAGAAAGUGAAAGGCAUAAACAAAGAGAGAGAGAGAGAGAGAGAGAGAAAAGGCAUCAUCCCCAACCGACCACUUGCCCAAGAUCGUGGCUACUUGCAGGAAUCAUUCCCCGCCUGCCCUGUGAUCCGAGCGUCGGUCCGAGCGGCGCGCGCCUUUGAUCUGCAACAUCAACAUCAACAACAGCCAACAGCGACGACCCCGGCCGUCAAGGAUGGCACGGCAGACCAAGCUCGAACCCCAUACUCGGGGGAGAUCCUGCUCUCCGGUGCCGUCUGUAAGCUAGGUGCCCAGGUCCGCACCUGGCGCGAACGCUACUGCGCCGUCUUUGGUGACCACGUUCUCCGCUACUACAAAACCAGCCCCACCCUGGGCACCAACCUCCGUGACAUGAAGCCCCAGGGUGAGAUCCACCUACAGCGCGACGUCGUCGAGAUUCUCUCAAAAGCAAACAGCUCCGCCUACAUGGCGCAGGAACGAAGCCUCUUGCAAAACAUCGAUUGGCCCCCACAAGCCUCCGAUCACAACGCCUUUGGCAUUCGCACCACCCGCCGCGUCUUUUACAUGUUCAGCGUCGAAGCCACUGCUGAAAGCUGGAUCAACAAACUCGAUCGCCUCUGCCAUGGCGGUGAAGCCUACCUGGGCAUCGACGCCACGGUCCCCCCGCCCAGCAAAUCCCCGAGUCGCAGUGGCUCCCUGCGCCGAGCCUCCUCCGUAGACCACUCCAGCAACGCCUCGUCCAACGCCUCCCGAACCCCUUCCCGCCGUGCCUCCCAGCCCGCCUCGAGAAAUUCCUCCCGCACCGACUCGCCACAUCGCUCCCACCAACAGCCCCCACAACGCCUGCCCUCAACCUCAGCCCAGAGUACCUCAUGA